GCUGCUGGGCACAGGUCACAGCACAAGGGGACACUGCAGCUGCUCUUGUCCCCUGCUGUGCCCCAGGUCAGUGUGGUUUGUUCUGGGCUGUGUCUGCCUUCCCAGUGCCGCUGCAGCAGGUGCUGGGUGUGGGUUUGGUAAUAACUCAGAGUGUGGAGUGACCUGGUGGUGACAGGGACAGGCCCUGAGGAAUGAGGGGUUCAGCAGGAAUGAGGGGUUCAGCACUGGUGGCAGCACCUGGGGCGAGCCCUGGCGGUGUCACCUUCACAUUGAAGUGUCCAAGGCCAGGUUGGACAGGACCUGAAGCAUCCUGUCCCUGCCCAUGCCCAUGCAGGGGGUGAAACCGGGUGAGCUUUAAAGGUCCCUCAGCCCAAACUGAUUCCAGGACCUCUGGCUGCCUCACCUGCUCCAGGUGAGCCCCACACCUUUGGCUGUGGGCUGGAGCGACUCUUCCUGCUCAGGCUCCUGAAGGAAAGCUCUGUGUUUGAGUAAAAUCAUUAUUUCACCAGCCCAAUCUCUGUCAACCCAGCAGUGCCAGGAGCCACCACAGAAAUAACCAGGGCAGCAACAGGGAAAUUCCUGCAGAGAGCCGGGUCAGGCCGGGGCUGAGCCUGGGAGCGCCAUGUACGAGCUCAACGAGAGCAGCUUCGACCCCAUCACCUUCGUGCUGACGGGCAUCCCGGGCAUGGAGGAGUCCCACAUCUGGAUCUCCGUGCCCUUCUGCCUGAUGUACCUCACCGCCGUGCUCAGCAACCUGCUGCUCCUCUUCCUCAUCGCCACGGACCGCAGCCUGCACGAGCCCAUGUACCUGUUCCUGGCCAUGCUGGCCCUCUCGGACCUGCUGCUGUCCACCGCCACCGUGCCCAAGAUGCUGGCCAUCUUCUGGUUCGGCGCCCGGGAGAUCUCCUUCGACGCCUGCAUGGCACAGAUGUUCUUCACGCACUUCAGCUUCAUCGUGGAGUCCUCGGUGCUGCUGGCCAUGGCCUUCGACCGCUACGUGGCCGUGUGCGCCCCGCUGCGCUACGGGGCCCUGCUGACGCCCUCGGCCAUCGCCAAGGUGGCGGCGGCCGCCGUGGCCCGCGGGCUGUGCAUCAUGUGCCCGCCCAUCUUCCUGCUGAAGCGCCUGCCCUACUGCGGGCACAAUGUCAUGCCCCACACCUACUGCGAGCACAUGGGCGUCGCGCGCCUGGCCUGCGCCGACAUCCGCGCCAACGUCUGGUACGGGCUCACCACGGCGCUGCUCUCCUCGGGCCUGGACGUGGUGCUCAUCGCCGCCUCCUACGCGCUCAUCCUCCGCGCCGUGUUCCGCCUGCCCACCCGCGAGGCGCGCCGCAAAGCCCUCGGCACCUGCGGCUCCCACCUCUGCGUCAUCCUCAUGUUCUACGUGCCCGCCUUCUUCUCCUUCCUGACGCACCGCUUCGGCCGCCACGUGCCCGGGCAGGUGCACAUCCUGCUGGCCAACCUCUACGUGGUGGUGCCGCCCAUGCUCAACCCCAUCGUCUACGGCGCGAGGACGCGGCAGAUCCGCGAGCGCGUGGCCCGCCUGCUGUGCCCUGCCCGCGGGCACGGCUGCUGA